AUCUGUCUGUAUAUUGGUUUAUCUGCCUUUCUGUCUUGUCUGUCAUUCUGUUUAUCUAUCAGUCUAUCUCUCUCCCCUCCCUUCUGCUCUCUCACACUCUCUCCUCUCUCUCCCCACGCAGGCUCGGUGUCUGUCUGGCUGUUGCUCUGGCUGGCAGUCUGCUCCCCUAGCCCUGCCUAUUCCUGCCCCAGGCUGUGUGUCUGUUACCCCUCCCCGAUGAUGGUCAGCUGCCAGUCUCAGAACUUCUCGGCGGUGCCGGACGGCAUUCCCUAUGACAGCCAGAGAGUAUUCCUCCAAAACAACCGCAUCACAGAGCUGCAGGCAGAGUCCUUCGGCUUCCAGACACAGGUCCUGUGGCUCUACUCCAACAACAUCAGCUCCAUCAAACCCGAUUCCUUCAGCGACAUGCGAGAUCUGGAGGAGCUGGACCUGGGGGAUAACCCCUCCCUGCGCACCCUCCAUCCUGACUCCUUCCGGGGGCUGGACAAGCUGCAGAGCCUGCACAUAUACCGCUGCCAGCUGGGGACCCUGCCCGGAAACAUCUUCAAAAAACUCUACAGCCUGCAGUUCCUUUACCUGCAGGACAACCUGCUGCAACACAUCCAGGACAAUCUCUUCUCAGACCUGGUGAAUCUCACUCACCUCUUCCUCCACGGCAACCGAAUCCGAGUCCUGUCCGAAAAUGUCUUCAGAGGGCUGGUCAACCUGGACAGGCUCCUCCUCCACGAGAACCGAGUGCGACAGGUCAACCGCAAAGCCUUCAGGGACCUGGGUCACCUCACCACCCUCUUCCUCUUCAACAACGCCCUAACAGACCUCCCUGCUUCGGCCCUCUCCGAUCUCUCGUCUCUGCAGUUCCUCAGACUCAACGGAAACCCCUGGAGCUGCUCCUGCCAGGCCCGCCCCAUCUGGGAAUGGUUCCGUCAGGUCCGGAUCUCAAGCUCCAAGCUCCUCUGCGCCGGUCCCGAGGAGAGGAAAGGUCUAGAUUUGAGGUUCUUGAGAGAAAUCGAUUUCGCUCCCUGCCCCAUGAUGCCUUACUAUCCGAGAGCCCGCGUCACUUAG